AAAUAAAAAUCUAGUAUUCAAUUUCUGAUCUCUAAACUCUUUCUAAUUUCUCAAAUCUACAACAAUGAAUAUGCACGGAAUGCCUCAACCAGGAAUGGGUGGUCAAAUGAUGCCCGCUGGAGUGUCACCUGUAAUGAUGCAACAAGCCUCCCCGCAACAAGCUCAGCAAAUGCAAGGAGUCAUGGCUUCACAGCAAAUGCAGCAAGCGAAUCCUCAACAACAACAACAACAACAGCAGCAGCAACAACAACAAGCAGAAAAAAUAGACAACAUAUCCAAAGUUAAAAGCCUCUUCGGACCUUUAAGGGAAUCACUAUCACUUACAUUCAAGCAUGGAGCUGUAUCUCUGCAACAGAACAAUUUGGCUGACACACUUAAACGAGACACCACCAAUCCGGCUCGUUUUGACAAACACCUUGAAGAUUUCUAUUCCUACUGUGACCAAAUAGAGUUGCACCUCAAAACAGCUAUUCAGUGCGUUCAACAGUUAUCUUCGGCACAGCAUUACCUCCCCGGAGCAGUAACUGCUGUGCGGGUUGAUCCAUGCAUGCCUCCAGACAACACAAAUGUUCCCAUGUCUUAUCCCCAGUAUUUGAGUACUGUUCGGGGUCACGUUCAGUCGGCCAAGGAUAUCCAUGAUACACUUAUUAGUGCGGCACAGAAUAUCUCGCCCAGUGACUGAUGAAAGGAGACCGUCUAACUCUCAAGGAAUUAGGCAUAAAUGUAUUUUAUUUGUGCAGAAGAUAAAAAAAAAAAAACAAAUCUGUAUUUUUCUUUUUUUUUUUUUUUGUUAACAAAAAUAAAUAUAAAUUUUAAAUCAAUUGG